AUGAACAGUUUGCGAAGAUUGUUGGGAAAAUUCAUCAAAAUGGACAAAAACGACUACCAUGCCUGGGAUAAACAGAAAUUGAUCGAAAGAAUCCAGCAAUUGGAAUCGUCGAUAACUGCAAAACAGCAGCAGACAAAACAACCAAAAAAGGAAUUUGACUUCUCUAAACAUCAUACCCGAUUCAUUGCCCUUAAAUUCUCAUAUCUCGGAUGGAACUAUAACGGAUUGGCCUACCAAACCCACGAGACCGAAUUACCCACCGUGGAAGAAACCGUUCUUAAGGCAUUAGAGAAGUGUAAACUCAUUCCAUCGAUGAACCCCAAUGAUUUCAAGUUUAGUCGAUGUGGAAGAACCGACAAAGGGGUCAGCGCCAUGAACCAGGUUAUUUCUUUAAAUGUCCGUUCGAAUUUGUCAUCAGAAGAACAAAAGGACCCGGCAAACGAUUUCAAAGAACUCAAUUAUAUCCAAACGUUGAAUAAAUUGGUGCCUCAUGACAUCCGGUUUAAAGCGGUGUGCUUACGGCCUCCAAAGGACUUUGACGCAAGAUUCAGUUGUCAGUAUCGUCAUUAUCGAUAUUUCUUCCACAAGGAUGAUUUGGAUAUUGAGUUAAUGAGACUAGCAGCAAAGAAAUACGAAGGUGAGCACGACUUCCGGAAUUUCUGUAAGAUCGAUGGGAGUAAACAGAUCCAUAACCAUGUUAGAACAAUGCUAUCAUCGGAUAUCGUGGCCUACAAUGAAGAGUUUUACUAUUUUGAUUUACAAGGACGGGCAUUUUUAUGGCAUCAAGUAAGAUGUAUGGUGGCUAUUUUGUUUUUGGUGGGGUCGAAGUUGGAAAAGCCCGAAAUCAUUGAUUGGUUGUUUGAUGUGACUAAUAAUCCUCGAAGACCAGUGUAUGAUAUGGCCAAUGAUCUUCCAUUGGUAUUGUACGAUUGUAAAUAUAAAAAUGAUGUUGAAUGGACCACCAUGCAGACCCAAGAUAGGUUUGCGUAUGCACAAUGGUUAGAAUCAAACUUGAAACACAAUAUCUCCAGUGUUUUCUACGAUUAUUUCCUAUCGGUACCUGCAGUGGCCGAUUCACGAACCGUGGUGAACGUUGGAGAUGGGAAAAGAAAACCUGUUGGGAAGUACAUUGAGUUGAAGAACCGUCAGAAGUUGGAGACCGUCGAGGCCCAAAAUGCAAAAUUCAAGAAGAGAAAACUCAAAUGA